AUGGACAAUCGAUCUGCAGACGACUCUGGCUCUCACCCAGAGGGAGCUAAUGCCGGAUCAUCUACUCCUGUAACACCCGGGUCUUCGUCAAAUCAACUCAAAGUCCAACAGCCGAAACCACAGGCCCUUCCAAAUCGACCCGGUCCAUCGGCGAUCCUCGUGUCCACGCGACAGAAGGGCAAUCCAAUUUUGAAUCACAUUAAACUCCUUCCCUGGGAAUAUGCCGACAUCCCAGCUGACUAUGUUAUCGGUACAACGGCAUGCGCACUUUUUCUUUCCCUAAAAUACCAUCGUCUACACCCCGAAUACAUCUACUCCCGAGUCCGACUUCUCGCCGGUAAAUACCAAUUACGUAUUGUUCUGGUCAUGGUCGACAUCCCCAAUCAUGAAGACCCUCUAAAGGAGCUAUCCAAGACGUCAAUAAUCAACAACCUCACCCUGUUCCUUUGCUGGUCCGCUCCGGAAGCAGCCCACUACCUCGAACUCUUCAAGUCGUCGGAAUAUGCACAGCCUACGGCAAUUCGCACUCAGCAAGCCCAAUCAUAUAAGGAGUCACUGGUGGAAUUUGUUACAACCCCUAGGACUAUCAACAAGUCGGAUGCAGCCAGCCUGAUCUCCACAUUUGGAAGCUUGCAGAAUGCAGUGAACACGCAACCAGAGGUGCUCAGUGCGGUACCUGGCUGGGGUGAGAAGAAGGUUCAACAGUGGUGCAGUGCCGUCAGGGAGGACUUUAGGGUGGAGACCACCAAGAAAGCUACGGCACCUGGCUCCAAAAGCCAAAGCAGAACGCCGGUGCCUCGACGACUACAAAACGCAGAUAUAGACGAGGACGAAGCGGUACUACGUGCCGUAUUGGAAGAGAGCCAUCGGACAGCCCACACCUCUGCUCUUCAAGACUCUACGAGUGAGGCGCCGCCGGAGGAGGGGAUGAGCGAGGGCGUCAUGGCUGCACUAGCCAAGUUACGAGACACAGGCGGGUGA